AUGAUUAGUGUGUCAGAUUUCAACAAGAGAUGGACAUUAGGCCUUAUCAUGUUAGCAGUCGUAAUUUUGCUAUGGGUACUAUCUUCUUUUCUUAUCAAUACGAUUUUUGAAGAUAAUUCGUACCGAAAACCAUUUUUAAUCACAUACAUUAAUACUGCAGCUUUCAUUUUUUAUCUGCUGCCAACUUUAAAGAAGAUAUUGAUUAACUAUCAUGAAACGGGUACGUUCAGCAUCCAUCAUCAAUUAAUCAUAGCAGAAGAGGGUGAAAAUUACUCUGCCAUUUCCAGUCACUUGGAAGAGCAGGCUUCUAGGAAUUUGAGUCCGGAAAGUCCCUUGAUUCCUAAAAAUGCAAGUCAAACGAUACAUGACAACAACCAUAUUCUUACAAAUAUUUCUACACAGAGACUGUCGUUGAAAGAAACUAUACGAUUGAGUGCUCAGUUCUGUAUCUUAUGGUUUCUGGCAAAUUUAGCAACAAAUGCAUCAUUGGCUUAUACAUCAGUUGCAUCACAGACAAUCCUAUCAUCUACAUCAUCAUUUUUCACAUUAUUCAUAGGGGCACUUUGCCAAGUGGAAACUUUAAACCAUUCGAAAAUUGUUGGUUCCAUUAUUUCAUUUGGUGGUAUUAUCUUGGUCACGCAUUCUGAUGCCAAUCACAAGCACGUACCUUACAAACCAGGCCCGGGGAUUAAAGAUGUCACUAGUCCCUUCUCCGGAAAAACCUCAAUGCUAAUUUUAUUUGGCAAUUUCCUGGCCAUCGCAGGGGCACUAUUCUAUGGUGUGUAUAGCACUCUGUUAAAAUUGCAAGUCAAAGAUGAAGACAGAAUCAAUAUGAAAAUAUUUUUUGGAUUCGUCGGUCUAUUCACUUUGAUCUUUUUAUGGCCAUCCAUUAUAUUAUUGCAUUUUCUGAAUAUUGAAACUUUUGAAAUUCCUCGUGAUCCAAGAAUCCUUUGCAUUGUUGGCCUGAAUUGCAUCAUUACUUUCAUUAGUGAUUUCUGUUGGGCAAAAGCGAUGUUACUAACCAGUCCUCUAACGGUCACAGUUGGGUUGAGCAUUACCAUACCGGUAGCAAUGUUUGGAGAUUUCAUAUUUAAGCAUAAGUCAAUGCCAUUUUUGUAUCUUAUUGGUGCAUCGUUAAUCCUUGGAUCAUUCUAUUUAAUAAAUAAGUCGUCCGGGGAAGAUAAUUUGGAACAGCAUGUACAAGAUAAUUAA